GAUGUGGAACAUAAACAACAAACAAUGGGCUGUCGGUUAUAGAUCGUGUGAAGUACUUUAACCGACAGAAGCUAUUUGUUCGGGAAACUGUUUCACAUUUGAGAACUAUUGCGAGUUUCGGCUGUGACGUAUUUGACGCAAGGACAACCAUGAGGCUCUGCUACCCCUUAUUGAUAUGCCUGGUCCUAACCAUGUCCUCAUCUUUCAUAAUUUCAUCCAAACACAUGUGGACCAAAAUGAUCCUCACCCAUCACUGGCCAACCACUUUCUGUUCGAUGGAGCACUGUCAAAGCAACAUUAGCCAGUGGACACUACAUGGAUUCUGGCCAGAUGGUGGCGCUUUCUGCAAUUCUUCAUGGCAUUUCAACUCUUCCGAAAUAGAGGACCUGCUCCCAGACAUGAAGACGAGUUGGCCUGACUUGUUUGAUCCCUUGUCUAAUGACUUCUGGAAAUAUGAGUGGAAGAAACAUGGUACGUGCGCAGCCAAAGCCAUUUCUCUGAACAGCCAACAUAAAUACUUCAGCAAGGCACUGGAUCUGUAUCAUACACUGGAUUUGGACAGCAUCCUGAAGAAGUUUUCCAUCACGCCUUCUCCGCAAUACUAUAAUUUUUCAUACAUUGAAGGAGUAAUAGAAAACUUCUACCACGUCAAACCUAAGAUCCAGUGUGGCCAUUCAACAAAGAAUGACAGUUUCCAGGUUUUGGGGCAAAUUGAGUUGUGCUUCAACAGUAGUUUCGCCCUGAUGGACUGUGAGAAACAAGUUUCCACGGAAUCUGAUCCUGAUAGAGGUUGGGACUAUCCCAUGAAUGUUGACAAGGGAUCAGGGUUAUCUGUGUGCAACCACGAUGUGCCAGUUUACUAUCCACCUGUUGAAUAAUACAAAAAACCCAAUAUUUUCACAAAUUGAAAUUGUACAACACACUAUGAUGAUGAUUCUUUUUUAUUCGAAUGCAUUUAAAUUCUAACUGUGACUUGAAUAAAAACUGCCUUUGAUUGAAAUGUUCUUUUUACGUCCUACAAACCAGGACGCACACUCAGCCACACUCCACUGUCACUUUGUGCUUUGCUGGAAUUAUAUUCCCGUCUGACUCUUACAAGUAGAUAAGACUGCCAGUGCGCAGCAUGGGUUUCUCUGCAGCACAGCAGGGGCAUUAUGGUAAUUUCAAGUCAGGACGGGCAGGGAGUUUAAUAUGCUGCACAUUUAUAAAUCUUCGUAGUGUGUAUUUUUUUUAUUAUUGGUAGGCAUAUUUAUUUCUGCAUUGCUACAUGUGCCUAUGUACCACCUAUUGUGUGUCCUCUCUCCUGUUUUGGCAGGGGUGUUUGCAUUUCUUUGUAUAUAGUAAUGCAUAUAUAUAUACACACACACACACACACACGCACACACGCAGUGAAAUAGAUGAUAUGCAUGUUUUGAGGACCAUCUUUGUAAGCCCACAGUGCCACUUCUGAAACACUUUAUAACUGCCAAGUAUGUGUGUUUGAUGUUUCCUUUUUAGGUCUGUUUCCAUAAAUAUAAGGUAGUAUGCAGUAAAUCUUUCAUUUAUUUCAAUAUUCAUUAAGAGAUGUGAGUGUCAGCACAGUACAUUACAGAAGAUGUUACACAAGUUCACAGCACAUCAGUUUUUGCUGACCUAUGGCCUGAAUAGGGUUUAGCACUUGUUUUGGAAAAGGUUAUUUAACACCUCACCGAUCUGCACACAGACUUGUUUCUAUUGAUGCUGUUGGACUGUGGCUUUUUGUUCAUAGAUGAAUUAUUUUAAAUCUAAUGGAUUUUAUUGUAUCUACAGUAGAUCAAUGCUGUAGUGUGAAAUUUCUGAACUAAGCAUGUGUAUCAUUUUUUUUCUCUCACAAUAAAGCCUUCAAUAUCUA